GUGGAAAUGACAAUAGAUCGCACAUCCUUCAUCGAUUAAGGUUAAACCAUAUUCAAUGCCAGAUAUGUUGGCCACUUUCCCCUUAAAGGCAAAUCACGGGGUUAAUAGUUUCAGAAUUCCCUAUUAUCAUCCUAAUUUCGGCCAACAGAUUUUAGGUUGCAAUUUUGCAGUCUUGCAAGAACAGCUUUGCCUAGCAUCCUUCCUUGUCGUAUGGAUUUCUUGCUACUCAUUCAAAUUGGUCCAGUGUUAGAUCUUUUAACCGAAGGUUUCUGUUGUCUAUAUCUAUAGUCAGACUUCCAUAUGUAGGACGUACAAAACCCUUGACAACCCUCCAAAGAAGCUGAGCCAUACUUGUGCUUAUUGACAUCACUACUUCGGAUCCAUCAAGGGUUCACAUUCUACCAAUAUGCAAGCACUUCCCAGAACAAAUGUAACAAAAAUGGAUUCAGGGUCCAGCAACCCGAAUUCCAAGGACACUACAAGGUUUGGUGCAUUGGUUAUAAUCUUAAUUGCUAGCUGAAAGCUUUCAAACUAUUCGUCUAUAAAAAGAAAACACUAGAACAACAUUUGUAAGAUAGUCAUAAUAACGGUAGCAACGGCCCCAAAUGCCGAAAUAUGAGCUCCUGAACUAUCUUUAGAGGAGGAGGAGGAAGAAGACCCGGAAGCAGUACUAGAAGCAACAGGCACGCUUGAUAAAGCAGUAGCAACUUCGUCCAGGACUGACACCAAACUCUUCACACUAGAAGCAGGUAUGGUAUCGUUAAAGGUGGUGGAAUUUGAUAUGAAUGAAUAGACAGCUCCACUACCAUCAAAUACAACCCCACCUAUCAUUGUCCCUUUAUAAUCUCUUGAAAAGUAUCCUGGAACUUGUAUACCAGUUUCAAUAUCGUCGGUUCCUUGGUAGUCAUGAAUGGUGGAACGCAACUUUCCUACUUGAGAGGAAGUGUAGUUCAUGAUUUCAAAAACAUCAAACUCACCACAUCCAGAUCUCCAACAGGAACAGUUUACAUUUGUACCGUAUUGAGAAGUCCGAGGAAUAUUAGAGUUCAAAAGCCAGAUAGCGGGCAUGUUCCAGUUUGAUACUGAACCCUUCUUUAAAGAGGUUUCUUCAGGCAUGGUGAACUCAAACAAGAACAUCUUGAUAGCACCGUAGAACCCAUGAUAGGCAGGGGUAUCUGAACGGUAGACACCACAGUCUCCGUCGAUACCGGAAUCACCACAUGAAAUGUUGGAAAAGAUGACAAAUUCUUCGUUAGAAGCAAGUAAAGCACCUUCUUCAAGAAUCGUAGAAGAAUCUGCCUUAGAGAUACCAUCGCUGUCUGCAUAGGUCAACCCAACACCUAAACAGGAGGAGUUUUUUCCGGCUUUAGUGAGGAAAGUAACGUUAUCAGCGGUUUGUGACGAAGCUUCGUAGUAAGCUAAACGUUCCCAAUCUUCGGAGUCACCGGAAUCAACUUCAAAGUUGUCGGAAACAUAAUAAGCAAACUUGCUAAGGGUUAAGGGGCCUCUAAAAUGGACUGAAAGCUCUUCGUUAAGAGGGGCAUUCGAUCCGGAGAACAGAGUGGUGGAAUCACUUAACAGACAUGAACAAGAAUCGGAAUAAAUGUCUUCAAGGGCUGAGACAUGUUUAUAAGUACCCAGGAACCCAACAUUAGAAAACUCAAGAACAUUAGCUUUGGAUGCAGAAGCAGCAGCAAUAGCUGUAGCUUGAAGAACGAGCGGAAUUAAUUGAAACAUAAAUAGGGAUAAAACGUGUCUAUAAAGCUGCGUUGUGCUUUUGCUUAGGAUAUUGUUCAAUUUCUUUGGAAAUCUAUCCCAAUUUAUUUCUUGAGCGAAACAUGGCUUUUCAGCUGCUGCGGAUUGGUGGCAGGUGCAGGUACCGGCAUCAUCUCAUCAUAUUUAUCCGAAGGUGUGAAACUCCGACAGUGUUUGUUAGUUAGAAGGAUGUUUGGGUUGAAGCGGCGGAUCUGUUGUACCUGACUUGCACUUUUCAAGGUCCUAUUUGC